AUGGCGAGCCCAUUGGACGCUAUCAAUCCGGAUGUCUUCAAGACGUACGUGUUCUGGUCUGCCGUAUUGGUGGCCAAGAUGCUGCUGAUGUCACCGAUGACCGCUAUACAGAGAAUUAAGAACAAGGCCUUUGCGAAUCCGGAGGAUGCCAGUGCUGUAAGCAACAAGCUAAAGCCAAAGCUAGACGAUCCGGAUGUUGAGCGGGUGCGCAGGGCCCAUCAGAACGAUCUGGAGAAUAUUCCACUGUUCUUCGUCAUCGGUUUCCUAUACAUGCUAACCAAUCCGGCACCCUUCCUGGCGGUUAACCUCUUCCGGGCGGUGGCGGUCUCGCGGAUUAUACAUACGCUCGUGUAUGCCGUCGUUGUCAUUCCACAGCCGGCACGUUUUCUAGCCUUCACGGGCGCGAUGGCACCCAUCAGCUACAUGACACUGCAGACAAUACUGUACUUCAUGGUGUAA